GCAACCGCCUACCCUGGCAUUCGUACUUCAGUAUGUUAGUCCGAAACAAAUAUGGUUUGCCUGGCGGGAUUUUGGUAUCAAGCAGAGAGAGCCGAGAAUGUUGGCCGCAUAACCACGCACACUCCCAAUUUUCUGUUGUUUCAAAUUGUUUUGCUUUUUUCUUAUUUUUGAUCCAAUUAAAAGAUUUGACUUGUGUUUUGUUUUCAGAGCUCACUGAAUCUGGGUCCUGAGCCAUUGAUAUUGAGAGAGAGAGAGAGAGAGAGAGAGAGAGUUAACUGUGCCCUGAUUGCAGUAUUCAAUCAACCCUCAUCCGGGGCCAUGGUUUCAAGUGCCUGCUAGCCAGUAAGUAUUGGAUCCUUAACAAGCAGUGAAAGUGGAAUAUGCGAUAAAGUACAAAAGAGAUUUGAGAUGUGCCACUGUAUCUGAUCUACGUGAAAUCUUGUGCGUGUCUAAGCAGGGAAGGAAAAUGAUACACAUAUGCACAGCAAUGGCUGCUGAAAUCAUUUUGCUUGUGAUUGUAGAAGAGGGUAGUGGACACUAGUGUUAUCAAUUCAUUUGGAGCAGAGCUGCACAUGGGCUAUCUUAAUGAGUACCCUUCCAGUGGCCAAAAAUGGUCAUUGGAUCAAUGGGUGCAUGUUGACUCAGGAGUUGCACUUCAAAGUGAGUCCUUCACCUGGAAAAACCACCAAGGCCAUAAAAAGCUCCUAGGUUUAGAGUCUGUAAAGUGUCGAAUUAAGGUCAUGGAGGUAAUUGCUUCGGUGUGUAUGGUUUUGAAUAGUAAACUCAAAAUGUAACAUCUUCAUGUUCAAGGAAGAUCUUUGAUUUCUCCUACCACAGAGCAGGUUUUAUGGAGAAGAUGCAGAGCAAUGUGAGUAGAGCAGCUGGUCUUCUGCACCACAUUUUAGGUUUGAACCCACGGAAGUAAUUUGCAAAGCAAAAGUUCCUCCCAAGGUCAAGUUACUACUACUUGGAUUGAGCGUCAUCAGAGCUCACAACUUAUGAUUAGUUCAGCAACCAGAUGGCUUUUCCUGAAGCUGCUGCAUCGUGUCUCAGGAGGAGAGAGUCUAAAUCAUUUUCUUUAAUGGUAGAAGAAUCUGUAAUGAUCUCUUUGUAACAAUUAGUUUCAUUUAAGUUGCUGAUUUGUGAGUUUAGUAGUAGCCAGUAGAGGUUUUGACUGAGAUAUAAUGUAGGGCUUUGUUAGCCAAUCUAAAAGUAUUUAAUCUUGUAAUUGAGAGAAAUGAGAUCGACAAUAUCCAGAAUUUCCAAUUAAAGAACCCAGACAUUUUUAUUUUCUUUUUUUCAUUUUCUCUCAUCUGAUUUCAUGUUCUUCUAUUUGGUUUUUAAGCAUGGAGGCUGCAUCACACAGGCCAGUAACAAACAUUACUUGAUUGGUAUGAAUAUAAAGAGUUACAAUUCAGUGGAGAAGGAAACCAAACAGGGUAUAGAACUUUUUGAGAUAUUGUUAAAUCAGCUUACGUAUGUUUGACUGUAUGUAUUCUAGAUCAAUAUACUAUUUCAGGAAAAGAGAACACUUUGAUGCUGUAAAAUACUCCAACAUCUCAAAAGUCUGCCAUGAGUUUCUUAUCCUUUUGCUGCUACUAUUUCCCUUGUCUAAGAUGUUCUUCCAAUUUUAAAUACAUGUUUGUGUGCGUGUGAGCUCGAGGUUUCCUUCUUGUGACAAAGGAAUUGAAGAUAAGGUGCUUUAUGCUUAAAGCAUCCCCAAUGGUGACACAUACAUAAAACGGAAAAUAUGGCAUUCAUCGUGACCCCAAAGCAUAAGAACGUCAAGCUUGCACUUCACGUAUCAAUAUCAUUCACCAAGAAUGGGACCUCCUCUCAAAUCCAGCAACAGAGACCUUCCACAGCAAACUGCUCUAUAGAGUCUGUCGAAUCCUCGAUACGAAGUCUGUUAAGGAGCUGGUACAGACGGCAGAAAUGGCAAGUUUUAUUCAACUCCACACCACCACAAGAACUUGAUAGAACUCCAUGGAGAACCCAUCUGGCCAGUUUCCUUGAAUCCACACCAGUUCAUGCAGUUUCUCUCGGUCUCCUCAUUAUCGAUCUCAUCUUCACCAUCCUUGAACUCUCCUCAUCUUUACUUGCUACCAGUUGCAGGCCAAACGAGAACCACAAAGCUACAGAAGAAAUCUGGUACCACUGGGUUGGCGUUGCUAUUCUUACUCUGCUUUCAGCAAAGACUAUUGCCCUUGCUGUGGGGCUCGGCACCACAUUCUUUAGGCGUCCGGGUUAUGUCAUUGAUGGGAUCGUUUUGAUGGGCGCGUUGGGGUUAGAAGUGUUUUUAGACAAGAUAGGGGGUGGGUUGCUUGUUGUGGUCAGUUUGUGGCGAGUUGUUAGGGUAGUAGAAAGUGCAUUUGAGCUGAGUGAUGAGGCCAUUGAAGCACAGAUUGAAGGGCUUGUGUGCCAGUUUGAGAUGUUGAGGGAAGAGAAUAGGAGACUGUUAGAAAUCAUUGCUGAGAAAGAUCAGAUUAUCCAGAAGCUCCAGGAAGAUUCAGAUCAAUGUACAUGUUGCUCCAGUCGAAAAUCUUUACCUUAUGAACGAUAUUGUAAAGGCCUUAAUGUAUCUUUUGGCCAAUAAUUUACAAAUCAAAUGAUUAACCAUAAUCAUGUUUUGGUUGUUCUAGGCUGAUUAAUUGAUACUUUAAUAGGGAGAAACAAUUGAAAUACUCUCAUUUCAAGUUUGUUGUUCUGUUGCAUAUGACAUAUCAUUUGAUUCAAGAGUUAACUAAUAUCA